AUGGUGCACCUAGCCAGCAAAGGCCAGCCCCACUUCCCCUCACGCAAGAAUCUCUUGCCCGCGCAUCCCUCCACCCCACUGCGUGCCUGCCUGCAGAAACCUGUCUGGCAACCGUCUUGCAGGGCCCAUCCCCGAGUCCCUCAGCUCCCUCACCAACCUGCAGUUCGUGUGAGCUGCCCUCCCCUCCCCCUCCCCUCCCCCUCCCCUCCCCCUCUCCUCCCCCUCCCCUCCCCCUCUCCUUCCCCUCCCUUCCCCCUCCCCUCCCCCUCCCCUCUCCCUCCCCAACCCCCCCAUCAUACCACGCCACCCUCCUUGCUUGCACCGUCGUUGGGCAUCAACUAUCUCUACGCAGGCACCCUUCCCGACUCUUUCUGCUCCACUGUCUCUCUCUCCCUCGCCAACAACUGCUUCCCCUCCACCUCCAUCCCCUGCGGCCUCGUUCAAACGCAGCAGACCACCCAGCAGUGUGCAGCCUUCUGCGGCCUCUCCCCGCCUUCCGCGGCGCCCUGUGCCGGCCGGGGCUACUGCUUCUGGCAGGCGCCGCAGACCAGCAGCAACGCCACGUGUGCCUGUGCCUCGGGAUUCACCACCGGGGUUUCCCCUGCCAUCUGUGAUGCCGUCCUGCCCGAGUCCGAGUGGCUUGCACUGGAAGCACUGGCAACAGCGUGGCGGGGAUACGACGGGGAGGGCACGUGGAGCAAGGAUGCGCAGUGUGCCAACAUGCGGCACAUCACAUGCGACGCGCAGAACCAUGUCGUGAAACUGGAUGUGGCCAACACUCGAACCUCUGGGAGCAUGCCGGAUCUCAUUGGGAAUCUUGUUUACCUCACUGCCUUAAAUGUUGGAACCAACCGGUUCAGUGGCUCCCUGCCCACGACGUUCGGAAAGCUCACGAAUCUGGUCACGCUGGUCAUGAACUCAAACAAGUUCGAUGGACCACUGCCCGACUCCAUCUCGUCUCUCCAAAAGCUAGAGUUCUUGAGUGUUGGAGUGAACGGCUUCAACGGUCAGAUUCCUCAAGGUCUUUGCAACAUGACGAGCCUGACAGCGAUAUCGGCGGGUCUCAACAGCUUCUCGGGGUCCAUUCCUGAUUGCAUCUCAGCUCUCACGAAGCUGGUCACCUGUGACCUGAGGGAGAACAGUCUCUCGGGAAAGCUUCCGCCCUCCAUUGGCCAGCUCCAGAAACUUCAGUUACUGGACUUGAGUGGCAACCGUCUGUCAGGAAGUCUGCCGAGCUCAAUUACGUCAAUGACAGCACUCACAAGCAUGCUCGUCUACAACAACAAGCUGUCAGGCGCCAUCAUCCUGCCCCCAACAGCAUCCGCUCUCUCCUCACGCAACAACUUCUUCUCCUCAGCACCCUCCACCACCUGCACCGCCGCCCUCCUCGCCACCAACUGCUUCACCUACAACGCCUCCUUCUCCUGCCCCUCCAUCACCCAGCGCGCCACCACCGAGUGCGCUCCCUUCUGCGGCCUCUCCAGCACAUCGCUCCCGUGUGGAGGGUUGGGGGCGUGUGUGCUGCAGGGCGCGGAUGAGACCCCCGUGUGUGACUGUGUUGACGGGUACACCAAUGGGGAGUCGGCAGACACAUGCAUCAGGAAAGAGCUGGCCUACCCACGGGUGGCCACCAUUUUCCCCUCAGGCGGCGUCCUCACAGACCUCACCACACCUUCCACAGGAGCCCUCUUCUCCGCUGCGCCUCUGCCGCUCUUCUCCUUUGCGGCCCUCCGGGACGGCUGCGGCCGCGAGCUCUACUUCCGAGCCAACUUCUCCUUCACCAUGCUCCGCUCCGGCAAGACGGGCGGCGACGGGCUGGCGUUUGUGAUCUCCAAGACGGCCGCGGCCGGCACGCAGGGCGGCAGCAUGGGUUACUCUGGAAUGGACAAGGCGAGCAUGGCAGUGGAAUUUGACACGUGGCUGAACAAGGAGGACAAGGACGCGAGCAACAACCACGUAGGAGUGAACGUGAACGGGAGCGCCAUAUCCAAAGUCUCCGUGAAGAGCAAACCGCUGCUGAACAGUGGCAUGCCGUACUUCGUGUGGGUGGAGUACAGCCCUGCAGGCAACGGCAUGCUGAACGUGUCCCUCGCCACGACGCCCUCUCCCAAGCCUGCCAAGCCGCUGCUCUCCACGCCCCUCUCGCUGUGUGACGUGCUCGAGCCGACUGAGGCCUCCACUUCUUUCUACUUUGGCUUCGUUGCAUCAUCGCGGGCGCAGUUCACCCAGCAGCACACUGUUGGGAUCACCACCGUUGAAACAGGCUACGCUCCAGCCUCCACGCUGUCACACCGUAGAGCCACUGGCCUGGUGGUGACAGUGGACACACUGCGCCCCGCCACCAGCAGCCCGUUCACGCGCUAUGUGAGCGCGGGGUACUCGCAGGCACAGGACGGGCAGGCGGCGUGGACGACGCGAAGCUACGCCGUGUGGAGCAACACAGGACAGCUGUGGCAGGCGUCUGACCAAGGCUUCUGUGGGAGCUGCUGGGCAUACGCAGUGGUGGCGAGCGUUGAAGCAGCGUACGGCAUCGCCAACAAUAGCAAUAGCGGCAGCUACCCGUCGCUCUCCGUGGACUCGCUCUACAAGCUCAUGGGGCUGCCCAGCUGCUCCCAGGGCUCGCCCUCCCUCGCCUUCAAGCGGCUCACUGAGCUGGCAGCGACUAGUGGCGGGCUGGAGGAGGCCACUCCCCGCAAGUCGUCUGUCAGGGCUUCGGCUUCCCCCUUCGCCACGCCUCCUGCUGCGAAGAAGUAUGUGGUGAGCGGGUUUGAGCGCACUGCCUUCAAGGGCUACUUUGGCCUGCUGCUGGCCGUGCAGCGGCAGCCCGUGGUGGUGCACAUCCAGGCCUCCGCUGACUCCUUCAUCCAGUACAAUGGGCUGCAGAAGUAUCAGGACCCAGGCUGUUACACGGGUAACCUCAACCACGUUGUACUUGUUACAGGCUUCCUCAUGUUAGGCACUGACGACAGCCGGCCGCACAUCUUUGCGCCGUUCUGGCUCAUCCGCAACUCGUGGGGGUCGCAGUGGGGCGACAAUGGGUACAUGCGCAUGGGCAUAGAGGCCGGGAGUGGCGUGUGUGGGAUCAACGUGCUGCCUUGCAUCUACCCCAUCGUCAAGCCUGCGGAUGACCCCUGCAUGGUGAGGGCGUACAAGUACAGCAGUGAGUCCUCAUCAGUGCUCAACCCGUGCGGUAGCUUCCAGUGCACCCCUGACGGCACCUCCAACCACUGCGCCUGCACCGCGCCCUUCAAGGAGGUCAAUAACACUGAUGGCACGCGCUCCUGUGCUUACAUGAACGUGUGCAGGAGCAGCACGCGCAACCCCUGUGAGGUCGGUUCCUGCAUGGACGAUGGCCAGGGCGCCUACACGUGUGUGUGCCCGCCCACUCACACCCCCGACACCACCAUCGACGGCUUCCCCACCUGCUCCAAAGGAGCCACAUUGGCCUCAACGCUAGUAGUCACUGGAAGCAACUGGCGUUGCAGUGAUGUUUAUUCCCUUUAUGGGAACACACUCGAGAACUUUUUGGGGAAUAACACUGAUGUUGACUGCAACUCUCCCCUCUCGAAAGGCAAGGCGCUCAAGGUGCCUGCGCCCAACAAUCUGCCUGCCUGCUCUGCUUACUACUACACCUAUCCGAGCGACACGUGUGCCUCAGUAGCAACCUUCCUGGCCCUCUCCUCCUCAGCUCUCGGGCAGCUCAACCCGGACCUCGACUGUGGCUCUCCUCUCCCCGCCUCGCACUCCCUGUGCAUCGAGCGCAACGCGCGGGCCGCCGCCAGCAUCCCGAGCUGCCUAGGAACCACGUUCAUCAGCAGCCAGGCCAGCUGCAGCCAGACGGUGGAGGCGUCCAAGGGAGCCAUCUCCAUGGUGGAACUCUACAGGAUGAACCCGGGGCUCGUGUGCAGUAAUGCCGUGCCCACACCUGCAGGGGUGCCUGGCGACAAGCUAGGAGUGACGGUGAGGCGUGUGUGUAGUAAUGUUGUGCCCACACCUGCUGGGGUGCCUGAGACAAGCUGGGAGUCACGGUGA